GUUAAAUGUUCAUUCUAAGAUAAAACUUUCUUAUCACGUUAAUGUAAAAGCUAAAUUUUCAGCGAUAAGCCGCUUAAGGCGUUUUGAAACCUGAGGAAACAUGUCUCAAGUUAAAGCCACAAUUACAUUAUUCGCGUUUCUGUGUUUUUUUGCAGCUGCAAAUGCUGCCAAAGAUAACAAAAAUCAGACGAUUAGUUGCGCAUUUGGAAACUAUUCCAUAUGCUACUCACAAAUAGCAUCACUUGGAGCUGAUUUUACAGCCAAAUAUGCUGAAUCAUUGAAGAAUGUAACAGAAGUAUGCAAAAAUGCUGAAGCUGCGAAACGUUGCAUAGAAUCAGUCCCUCAGAAAUGCAGUACCCAAUCCUUAGCUGCAGCCAAUGCUAAUGUUACUAAAUUGAUUACUAAUUUGUGCACGAAUAAGUCAAGGAGCCAAAACAGUAAGUAUAUUUGUUAAACAAAGCAAAAACAC